AUGACAGAUUCAUCUGAAUUUGAUUCUCAAGCGAGUACAUCGACAGUGGUCACGCUGGUGAAGCACGGUGCGGGAGACGUGCCGGCUUUCUUGAGAAGUGUCAACUUUGGCGAAUAUUUUGUUUUGAUCUUUACAUCUGAUGGUAUUCGGGUUGUAUCUGAUGAUGGUAUUGAUGAGCAGGGCAAUUUUUACUUUUUGGCUGACUUUUUUGACACUUACGUUGUGAAGGGCACUGAUGUUCGUAUCCGAGUGAACUCUAAGAAGUUUAUUGUAAGUUACGGCACUUUUUAGUUUUCUUUACCUAAAGGCUAUAACUCUAUUAUUUAUGUUGCCAAAUAUUGAUCAUAAUAUUCUGUAUAACAGUGAAGAAACUUCCUUUCCAGAACUGUCACAACUAUUUUGGUCAAAAAGCCAACUUUGACUUGAGAUGGGAGCUUGAAACUGUAAAUGGUCAACUAAAAGUGAUGUUGCGCCGUGACAAUGAGAUUGGCAAGUUGAGUGUGGCCACGUAUGACUUGGUACAGCUUCAAGAUACCAAAGAGAUCGAGUCGAAUGAUGCUAUCGUGCACAUAGAAUUCAGAGAAGCGGGUUUCUUGAGAGAGAUUAUCAAAGAGUUGGAUAAUACCGCUACGAUGGUAGAGUUUGAUUUUCGGGACGACAGAAUGAUCAUUGUUAGUAAGAGCAGGGUGGUUCAGAAGGUAACGCGUUUUUGGACUUUCAACUAAAGUACAUUUCUGUGGAUCAUACUAUGAUAUUAAUAUUGAUUUUCAGACCCAAGUAAGGUUCAGUGAAAAGAAUUCGGACAAAGUGACAAUGAUUAAAGUAGCCGAAGGUGGAGUCAAAGUGUUCUACAGAAUUGACCAGAUUCGCCAUCUUUUGCCACUUUUGAAGAUUACAACACGAGUUUCAGUGUUGAUCAAUGAAGAUGGAGUGUUGACAUUGCAAGGACGUCAAGAUACGUGUGCUAGUGUUGUGUAUCUUCAGUUCUUUGUAAGUUAUUGAGGGGAAAAAGUUUCAAUUAGAAAUAGUUUCGAAAAAUGGCAAAAACUUUGUUUACAAAACAAAAAAUGGCAAGAACUUUCCUUACAAAACAAGAAAUGGAAAAACUUUCUUUACAAAAUAAGAAAUGGCAAGCAGGGACGUCGCUACGGAUUUUCUCUGGGGGAGGGGGGAGCUCAAAAGAAAUUUUUUUUGUCCACAGGUACCACCUACCUGUGGACCGAUUUUCCAAAAAUUUUUUUUUUCGUUAUUCGCGUAUAGGUAACCUACCUGUGUAAUGUUUUUCGGAUCGGCUCUGGGGGGAGGGGGUACCCCCCCUUACCCCCCUUCCCCAAACGACGUCCCUGAUGGCAAGAACUUUCUUUACAAAGCAAAAAAUGGCAAGAACUUGUUUCAAAAACUCAAAAAUGAUAAUUAUCGACCCAAAUAUGGUAAUAUAUAUGAAAUUUCAGAUCAAUCGCUUCAUUCCGGACAUUGACGACGAGGAUGAAGAUGAACAUCGAGCGAUGCGUCGUGAAAUGUACGCAGAAGCCAUUAAAGAAGAACAAGAAAGUGGCGAAGUUUUGGUGCGACCAGUCAAUCAACGUUUGGCUUUAAAUCACACUGAAAGUGAGUAUGAUGAAGGAAUUUUAAGGGAAAGACUAGGGUUGGGCGGGCACUUUUGGUCUGAGGGUCGAAAAAAUCCGCAGGGGGGACCACGGUCAACUUUUUUCGAAAUUUUUUUGGGGGUGGAAGCUAUUUUCUUGGCUUUAUUUUUAAAAUUUUAAUUAAAAAAUUAAGUAUGGGAUUUAAAAAAUGAUUAUGGAGUCAUAAAUGUUGUUUUAGACCCUCUAAUGGACCCAGCCAUUCGUCAAGCACUGGAUUUUGUUGUUGGCCACAGAUUAUGA